AUGGAAACUAUUAUCGCUCACGUUCGUGAAGGGAAUCUUCAUGAAGUAAAAUUAUGGUUAGAUGAUAUAGAAAACGAUGUAAAUCAGGGCGACGAACAUCGGUUCAGCCUGUUACAUUGGGCUGCACGUGAAGGACAAAGAAAUAUAGUUGAUUUAUUAGUUAUUCGUGGAGCUCGUAUUAACGCUACAAAUAUGGGUGAUGAUACAGCUUUACAUUUAGCCACAGCUCAUGGACAUUUUGAUGUUGUACACUAUUUGUUAAAUUCUCACCGACUAAAUGUGGAUGCUGCAAAUGAACAUGGUAAUACAGCUUUACACUACGCUUGUUUUUGGAACCAUUUAGAAAUUGCUGAAUAUUUGAUUAAAAAUGGAGCAUGUCUUAUGCAAGAAAAUAAAUAUGGUGAAACUCCAUUAGAGCUAAUUCGUCCACGUGCUGCGGCAUUAAUUGCUCCAUUAGCACAAGCUUUAGGACACGAUUUAUCUCAUCGUCGACCUUUUCGUGAUACAAGCUGGAUUGGUACAAAAACACGAGCACGAGAUGCUACUUUAUAUCGUCUUGAAGGUGAAUCAUGGGAUCCUCGAGAAGUUGAAUUAACAGGUGCCUUAGCUGAUGGUCAUGGUGCUGAGGUACUGAAAGGUUCAUUUAGACGGUGUCCUGUAGUUGUAAAAAUGUUAAAACUACGAAAUUGUUCAACAAGACAGGCACGUGAUUUCAAGGAUGAAUUCCCGAAACUUCGCAUCUUUAAUCAUCCCAAUAUACUGCCAGUAUUGGCUAUUUUUACUGCCACGCCACGUUUAUGCCUCGUCAGUGACUUUAUGCAAUAUGGAAGUCUUUUUGAUGUUUUACACCAACCAGCUGAAGCCAAUAUACACGGUACAACUGAGAUAAGUCAUCGACAAGCUUUACGAUUCGCUGUUGACAUAGCCAAAGGUAUGGAGUUUCUACAUUCACCAGAAUUAAAAGUUCCCAAUUUUCGUUUGAACUCCAAACAUGUAAUGGUAGACGAAGAUAUUGCUAAAAUUGGUGUUUGGGAUACAGUUGAUACUGUUGCACAUGGACAGAAUAUACAACAGUCAAUUAUACCUGAUGAAUCGUUAAUUGCUCGUUUAGAUAUGGCAGAUUACAAAUUUUCAUUUCAUGAAAAAGCUCGAGAAUACAAUCCGGCUUGGAUGUCACCUGAAUCUUUACAAAAAAAGCAAGCGAAAUAA